ACCAACACUCCUUAGCUCAAGCUCAGCCUGCUCUCACACUCCAUAGAUCGACCUCGGCCCACCGUACGUAAGCUCGAGCCAGCACCGACCACCUGCAGUACCAAUGGACAUGACCGGCUCCGACCAGCAGCGGAGCUCCCCGUCCUCGCCGUCGUCCUCCUCGCACCUGAAGCGUCCUGCCGGGCGUACCAAGUUCAAGGAGACGCGCCACCCGGUGUACCGCGGCGUGCGGCGCCGCGGCAGCGCCGGCCGGUGGGUGUGCGAGGUGCGCGUCCCCGGCAAGCGCGGCGAGCGGCUCUGGCUCGGCACGCACCUCACUGCCGAGGCGGCCGCGCGAGCGCACGACGCCGCCAUGCUCGGCCUGAUCGGCCCCUCCACCCCGUGUCUCAACUUCGUCGACUCCGCUUGGCUCCUCGCCGUGCCGUCCGCGCUCUCCGACUUUGCAGACGUCCGGCGCGCGGCUCUCAGCGCUGUCGCGGACUUCCAACGCCGGGAGGCCACCAGCGGCGCCGCCACCACGUCCCUGGCCGCCACCGUCCCCGUCGAUGACGGAAGCUGUAGCCAAUCCGCGCAGUCGUCCAUGGAAAAUACCGGCUCGUCGUGGACGUCGUCCCUACCUUCUGGCGACGGAAUGUUUGCGGUGCCGGCCACACUGGGCUGCAACAUGUUCGAGCUGGAUAUGUCCGGGGAAAUGGACCUGGACACAUACUAUGCGUACUUCGCGGAGGGGCUUCUCCUCGAGCCGCCGCAACCGCCGGUCGCCGGCGCGUGCUGGGACACCGAAGGCGGCGGAGCAGACGCCGCGCUCUGGAGCUACUAAAACACUCCAGCCAGCUGCUUUGACUCUAUGCAUGGAACAAACCGAAGCUGUUCCCUGUCAGCAUAAUAAAAUUGUGGAACUUAAACCCAUCAAAUCCUGUGACAUAACUGCAAACAGACGGAGUUCUAAGCUGCGCAGAAGAACAAAAAAACGACACACGAAAGGACAUCGCUGCUUGAUGAAUAAAAAUUCACAGAAGAUCCUAGACUGGUGGGAAAAGGAUACCAAAAAAGGGUACUAUCGCUUCAUGUGUCGUGACUAUAACAGGUAAUCACACGAGAAAAAACAUCAAUUUGUUAAUCAGAGAGACGUGGUCCAUGUACGCCAAUUGAUUCGGAAGAUGUGGCCUAGGCAGCGCCCAGGUCAGCUGGUUAAAGCCGCUGGAUCCCUGGGAUCUUUUUCUAGUCCGCAUGGCCACGCGAGCUGACGCGGCGCCGCUGCCCGUGCUAGCUCCGCGCCUCCCUUCCUUUCCGAAUCGCGUGGCCAACAUGAAAGAUGCAUAUAGGUGAUGUGUCACGAACCUUUUUCCUCUUGGAGCAUAUAUUUAUAGAUCUAGAGUAACUGUGGAAAUGACUAGUGUGCUGCAAUAAUUGUGCAGAACUUGCAAUUAUUGUGGAUACAGUGCAAGGCUUUGUUUUGCCUUUGUGGUGAACUGGUGGUAAAUGGGUUGUAUCAUGUUCCUCGUUACGAACACAUAUUCAUGGGUUGAUGUCAAACAUAAAAGAAAAAACGCCAAAUUUCAUGGGU